GUGUGGUGGCACACACACACACACAACCAGUGAAGCAGGUUCCAGGUGAGCAGUGGUGACCGCACCCCAGCCAAUCUCAAACGGGCCGGAAGCGGCCGAGGAAGCAUCGAAGCAAACACGCGCGCAAGGCCAAAUGGCGGAAGGAAACCACACGCUGACUAUCUCAGAGUUUGACUUUGAAAAACAUUUUGACCAGACUGAAGCUCAAAGAUGGAUGAAGGACUACUGGGCCACGUCAUUUGCGGUCAGCACUUUGUACGCCGCACUGGUGUUUGGAGGGCAGCGCUACAUGAGGCCCCACCCUAAAAUGAACCUGCGGAGGCCUUUGUUUGUGUGGUCACUCUCUCUCGCUCUCUUUAGUACGAUGGGUGCGGCGCGCACAUGCCGGUACAUGCUUCACAUCCUGGGCAAUGGCGGCCUGAGACGUUCCGUGUGCGAACAGAGCUUCUACAACGGACCCGUCAGUAAGUUCUGGGCUUUCGCCUUCGCCAUGAGCAAGGUACCUGAGCUGGGCGACACGAUGUUUAUCGUGCUUCGGAAGCAGCGCCUGCUGUUUCUGCACUGGUACCACCACAUCACAGUGCUGCUGUACUCGUGGUACUCAUACAAGGAGAUGGUGGCAGGCGGCGGCUGGUUCAUGACCAUGAACUACAGCGUGCAUGCGCUCAUGUACACCUACUACGCAUGGCGCGCCGCGGGCGUGCGUGUGCCCCGCGCGCUGGCCGUGGUCCUCACGGCCGCUCAGCUGGCGCAGAUGGCGGCGGGCCUGGCGGUGAACGGCCUGGUGUACCGAUGGAUGCCGUCCGUCGACUGCCCAGCGCGGCCCCCGCACGUCGCCUGGGGUUCACUCAUGUACCUCAGCUACUUGCUGCUCUUUGCCGACUUCUUCUACCACGCGUACCUGGAGCCCCGCCCCAAGGCCGAGUAGCCGCGAGCCUUUCCUGUCUUCGAGUUUUGUUUUGGAAAGAUGGCGAUGAGUACGAUAAGAGACUGAAAGCAGACACAAAAGAGUUUCAAUUCACUGACCUGUUUCUUCUGGUUUGACUGCAUUGCUGCUGCCACCCACCCCCCACCCCCAUGUGGCCAGCAGCCAAUCAGGUGCAGCCAAAUAUUCCCACUCCUUUCAUGUGCCUAUACCAAAGUCAACCUUGAACUUUAAAUCAAUAUGCUUUUUCCUACAUCUAAUGUUUACAUCGCCGUCGGCCGGAUGUGUUCACCUGCCUAUUUGCAGAUUUUGGUUUUUAACCUAUCCUCUGUUAUUCACUGAAAAAUGUGCCCAUUUGCAGUAUUGCGCUCUGAAACACCCUAACAUGCCAAAAGAUGGCACCAAAUCUCUGCUUAAUAGUGUGGGAGAGACGACUUUGGAAAUGUCAUUGAUUACAAUUAAAAGUUGCCCUGUUGAAAAUGUAAUGGUAGUGCAACUAUAUCAAUUACUUUCUCAAAGUAAUAGAACUAAUUACACUUGAUUAGAUUUUGAUGACUUUUCUUAAUUUUGAAUGAAUGCGCCAACAGGACCCUUGGACGUUUCCUCGGAAACUGGAGAACCCAGAGAAAACCCACACAAGCACGGGGAGAACAUGCAAACUCCACACAGGCAAGACUGGAUUUGAACCAGAGUCCUCAGAAUUGUAAGGCAGAGGAGCUAACCAGUCUGUCCACCGUGCCGCACGCACACACACGCCAAGAUAUUUACCAGCAUUUGGUGCCCUCCACCCCUCCUUGAGCGGUCACGGUUAUCAUGGUGGAGGGGUUUGUGUGACCCAAUGAUCCUAGGACCUAAGUUGUCUGGGGGUUUAUGCCCCUGGCAGGGUCACCCAUGGCAAACAGGUCCUAGGUGAGGGACCAGCUCCACAGAGCCAAUGACCCCAAUGAUGAAAACAGAGGAAAACGUUUUCCCUUGCCCAGACGCGGGUCACCGGGGCACCCCUCUGGAACCAGGCCCAGUUUGGUGACCUCAGUAUCGCAUCUCGGCUUUUUGCAGAUGAUGCGGUUCUGUUGGCUUCAUCUAGCAGUGAUCUCCAGCUUUCACUGGAGCAGUUCGCAGCAGAGUGUGAAGCGGCUGGGAUGAAAAUCAGCACCUCCAAAUCUGAUACCAUGGUCCUCAGUCGGAAAAGGGUGGCGUGCCCUCUCCGGGUCGGGGAUGAGAUCCUGCCCCAAGUGGAGGAGUUCAAGUAUCUUAGGGUCUUGUACACAAGUGAGGGAAGAAUGGAACGGGAGAUCGACAGGAAGAGGUGGAUGAAGUGGUAGCGAGAGGGAAGUCUGGGAUUCCCUGCGAAAGCUACUGCGGCCGCGACCCAACCUCAGAUAAGCGGAAGAAAAUGGAUGGAUGGAUGGAUGGAUGGUGCCCUCUAGUGACCAUGUGACACAAUUGCUCACCUCCCAAAACAAAUAUCUUCAAAUAAUCCCCAAAUGUGUUACAAAAAAUAUUUUCAUAAACGUGUGCUUCAUGUUCAAUAAUUUCCAAACCCUACAGUGAAGCGUUAAAAGAAGAACAGUGAUGAUCGACAUUUGAACCCUUUAAAACAGGGCUUAGCAAAAUACACCAAGUGUUGGGUUGUUAAAAUUGAUUAUUUUUCCAUUCAUUUAUCUCAUUAUUAAAUUAUUUGAUUUAACCGUAAUUACAUAAAAAAACAAAAACUAUUGUAAUCCUGUAUUUUUUGCAAAUGUGUAUCAUUUCAUUAAAUAUUUUAGCUGUUUCAUCAUAAAUUAAUUAUGAAUAGAACAUUUUAAUAAAUACUAAUUUAAAAUACAUUUUACAUAUUUAGAACUGUAUUUUUCAUUCAAUUGUGUUGAUUUAUUGUAAACAAGGUAGGAAAAAAAAUUAUAUUUAAAUGAAUAUAACUAACGACUGGUUAGAGCGUCAGCCUCACAGUUCUGAGGUGCGGGGUUCAAUCCCCGUCCCCGCCUGUGUGGAGUUUGCAUGUUCUCCCCGUGCCUGCGUGGGUUUUCUCCGGGCACUCCGGUUUCCUCCCACAUCCCAAAAACAUGCAUUAAUUGGAGACUCUAAAUUGCCCGUAGGUGUGACUGUGAGUGCGAAUGGUUGUUUGUUUCUAUGUGCCCUGUGAUUGGCUGGCAACCAGUUCAGGGAUGACAGCUGGGAUAGGCUCCAGCACGCCCGCGACCCUAGUGAGGAGAAGCGGCUCAGAAAAUGGAUGGAUGAAUAUAACUAAUGCAAGAAAAAAUCAUUUAAGUGUUCAAGCCUCAGCACUUUUUGGGCUCAUUCAGUGUGACGUCACGGUCUCCCAACCAAUCCCGGGCCUCAUCUCUACUGGGUCAGGUGGCACUUCCAAGUGGUUCAAACCUGUACUGCAGCACAAUCACCGAGUGCCAGAAGUUGAUUCAGAAUAAAAGAUCAAUUUGAAGAUGA